AUGGAUCGAUCUGACUCGGGCUUGAUCAAGUGGUCGCCAAGCGCAAACCGGGAUUCAUUUAUACAUAUCAAUUUACAACAUCGUGUGGUGCAGCUCUAUGAACCGACAGGCAUAGCCCAGGGAGGGCUGUUCGAGCACAGGAAACUCACAAAACACGAUGAUUUCCCGCCUCUCACCACCUAUGACUGGUCUCCGACCGUGCCCGGCCUGGUUGCCGUGGGCACAUCAACCGGCGUGGUUAACCUGUUGCGGGUCGACGACAACUCCAACGCCUAUCUAGAGCUCGGCCUGAAGAUGUCGCGCACUUGCCAGGCAGUGGCAUUCAAUACAACUGGGAAACUAGCCGUCGCACUUGAUAGGGUCAGGAGCGAUACCUGCCUACAUAUAUGGGACGUCAACCGUCUCUCGACUAUGGAUGCUACCGUCUCCGGCUUCCCUGCGAAUGCCCGGAUUCCUUCGGAGCCGGUUGAGAGGCUGGAGUUGAAUGCCUCGGUGUCUAGUGUCAGAUUCUUUGAGGACAACCCUAACGUGUUAGUUGCGGCUGUCAAGGGUCAAGGCUUGCGGAUCCAUGAUCUACGAGACCAAGGACAGGGGCCAGUCGCCCAGUUCCAAACAAAAUGCUGCAACAACCUGGCCAUCGACUAUGCCGACCAAAAUUACUUUGCGUCUUCUGCCCUCGACAUCCCCGGUGUCAUGAUCUGGGAUCGCCGAGCCACUAGCCGGCAUAACGCCAACCAGUCCUACAGUGAUGCCCUUGAACAGGACGGCCUUCCCUGGGGCGGAGCUCUGUGGCUUGACCGCGCGGUGCAGAACGAAACAAAUCCUUCCGAUAGCGGGGACUCCUUCAUACGUGCCCUCCGCUUUUGCCGUGACCAUGCGGGCCUGCUUGGUGUGCUCUCGCGAACUGGCCAGCUGAGGGUUCUGUCGACGAGACGCGAGCAUGUCGAAGACGACGUCAGGGUGGACGGUAGUCCCGAGCUCCUCGAGGUCAGACGGUCAUACGAGUUGGACCCUCUCUACACCGAACCCAACCGCAAAAAUGACAAGAUCAUCUCGUUCGACUGGAUCACCAUGAGCUCUCCCGUCCUUCAGCCCCGGGCCUUGGUGCUUAGGGCGAGCGGCGCUCUCGAAGUGCUGCAGAAGCCAUCCUUUACUUCAGAGCACCCCUUCAAGCUAAUACCAUGGCAGCCACCGCAUCGGGGGCAAGCCGAUGGGACGGAUUACCAGGAGUUGAUGAACUUCGAGCCGCCGCACGCACUUGAUAUUUUUGGCCCGUUCUUGACAGAACAGGCCCUUUCAGACAUACCGCUGUUUGGGCCAGAUAAGGCGAACGUCAGGUCUCUAGUAGAAAAGAGUCUGACAAGUGCAACGCCCGAUGACCGUCUCGUUACGGAGGAAUCUAAAGGCAGCAGCUCCUCUCUAUUGUUCGACGACGCAUCUCCAGUCGCCGACAAGCUCAAGGCACUGAGGUUGGCUUCGAAACAAGGGAAAGAACAGCCGGACGAGGCGCUUCUGUCUCAGUUGGAGCGGCACGAGAAACUGCUUACUGAUGCUAGGGACAUGGCGGGCCUUUCGAGCAAAGAACGGUUUGCUCUCGAUAACACCAUGCUUCUCCGCGCACAAGAGGGCUACCGCUUUGACUUUGUCAAAAACCAGGAGAUUGUCGCCGAUGAUCCCUGGCUGACGGAUGUUUGGGCCUGGGCUGCCGGCGCCGAAGCGGCCGCUGCCGACGGCGGGAUGAUAUCACACCCUCUAGAUAUUGGCUAUAUGGGAGUUCAUAGUGUCUGGACCAACGACCUUGGGAGCAAGCCUCAGAUGAGGCUGUCGGACGACUCGUUACCCCCUGACGAGGGCGGGUGGGAACGCUGUCUGAACGCGAUAAACAAGAAGCUUGGGGUACCCAAGUUUGACGGAACAGUAGAGACUAAGCGCUUACAUCACAGAGAGAUGUGUCUCGAGAUAUGCUGCCUCGGCCGCUCCUAUGAUGAAGAAUUCAAGCAGGCAGUGUCCACGUCGAGUCCGGGGAGAGAAUCGGCGUGGUACACCAUGGUCGCCGCCCAUGCCGUAUUCAGAGGAGACGUAAAGCGGGCUGUACAGGUGCUGAAAAAGGCCAGCUCAGAGCACCCGGAGCUGCUGUUCGUCUCGCUAGCGCUCCAGCUGAUCGGCAAGGCCGGCGACGACGACACCAAGACAGCACUCGAUUUCGACGAGAGGGUGGCCUGUAAGACAGACCCCUACCUGCGCGCAAUCUCGGCCAUCAUCGCGACCGGCAACUGGGCCGAGAUCGCCGAUCAGAGAUCCCUACCUCUACGCGACCGGUGCUUCGUCGCGGUCCGCUACUUCAGCGACGACGCCCUCACCGCCUGGCUCGAGCAGGAAGUGACCGCCGCGAUCAGCACCGGCGACAUCGAGGGCAUCAUCCUCACGGGCAUGACGGACCCGCUCGUCGACAUCCUCGCGCGCUACGUGCACAAGUUCAACGACACGCAAACGGCCACGCUCCUCCUCUCCACCUGCGCGCCGCGCUUCAUCGACGACAUCCGCGCCACCGCCAUGCGCAACGCCUACCGCUUCUACCUCCAGCGCCACCGCGCCUUCUUCUUCCGCGCCAAGUUCGACGUCGAGUCCACCCUCCGCAGCAAGCACCACGGCCGCCCCACCGUCCCGCCCCCCUCCCGCCAGAUCGGCCUGCGCUGCGUCUACUGCGACGUCGAGUUCAAAACCGAAUCCCUCCCGCCGCGCACCGCCGGCAGCGCCAGCGGCGGCGGCGGCGGCAUCCCACCCCUCCGAACGGGCCCCAGUAGCGGCUUCAAGCCCUCAACAACAACCACCACCAACACCACCGCCGCCUCCUCCGCCAUCCCCACCCCGACCUCGACCCCGACCCCGCGCACCGAAGCCCGCGCCCACCAGCAGCAGGCCAACCCUUAUACAGAAAAGAUGGUCGCCGCCGGCAUCAGCUGCCCCAGCUGCAAGCAGCACCUGCCGCGGUGCGUCGUGUGCCUCGAGGUCGUCGGCAUGCCGCGCAGCAGCAGUGGCAGCAGCAGCAGCGCCAGCGCCAGCGCCAACACCAACACCAGUGGUAAUGGUAGUGGUUAUGGUUAUGGUUAUGGCAAUGGUGGUGGUGGUGGUGGUGUUGGGAGCGAUCACGAGGCGCGGCGGCGCACUGCGCGCUUCCCGACCUUUUGUGUCGCCUGUGGGCACGUCCUGCAUCUGGACCAUGCGCGGCAGUGGUUUGCGCGGCAUCGCGAGUGUCCGGUGCCCGAGUGUCGGUGUCUGUGUAAUUCGAGGGUUAAUGAGGAGUUGGAGUAUGCUUAG